AUGGGAGUGAAAGUUGAUGGUCGGCAGCUACACCAUUUGCGCUUUGCUGAUGACAUCGUAUUGAUAACACGUAGCAUCAGCCAAGCGGAACGAAUGCUGACCGAAUUCGACGAAACAUGUGGAUGCAUCGGUCUUCAGCUGAAUCUGGACAAGAUGUUCAUGCGGAACGGAUGGGUUUCGGAUGCCCCAUUCACGCUCAACGGAACGAACAUAUCCAAAUGCACCAGCUACGUUUAUCUGGAUCGGGAAUUGAACAUGAAGAACAUCCUGACCUCUGAGCUGAGCAGGAGGAAACGAGCUUGGGGAGCGUAUAAGAGCAUCGAGGAUGUAGUGAAGAAGACCAGGAACACCCGGCUCCGUGCUCACCUCUUCAACACCACCGUACUUCCUGCUUUGACCUAUGCUUCGGAAACCUGGGCAUUUCGCAAGCAGGAAGAAAACGUGAGCGUCAUUGAACGCGCAAUUGAGAGAGUGAUGCUAGGAGUAUCCCGUUUCACGCAAGUGAGGGACGGGAUUCGAAGUUCUCUCCUACGUCAACGAUCGAAGAUUAGAGACGCCGCCGCGUUUGCCAAGGAAAGUAAAAUAAGGUGGGCCGGACACGUGAUGCGCUUUAAUGACAACCGUUGGACCAGAGCCGUGAGCGACUGGGUUCCCCGCGAUAUUAAGCGCACUACAGGAACACCGCCGACCCAAUGGUCAGGUUUCUUCACGAAGUGCUUCAAAGAAAAAUAUGAUGCUCUUCGUGUCCCACGCGAAAGGAGGGACCACUGGGCUACUCUGGCAUACGAGCGGGACAAAUGGAAGAAUUACUGGCGCCCGCUCGACCAGUUCGAAGAUCAACGGGAGUCAAGGUGA